AUGCUAGGUGACCGCUACGCCGUACUUAAGGCACUGGGAAAGGGCACCUAUGGGCAAGUUUUACUCUGUCACGACACAAAAACUGGGGCGCAAGUAGCCAUCAAGGUUGCACGGGGUGACCCCGCGUACCGCCGCGCAGCUAUGAAUGAAAUUGGAGUGCUGCGGGCCCUGGUAAACAACGGAGAUACGUUGAACAUGCUAGGAUACUUUGAGCAUCGUAAGUGUCUUUGUAUUGUGACUGAGGUUCUCCAAAUGAGCCUGUUGGACAUUCUACAAGGGAGGGGAUACCGUCCUUUGCCGUUGCGUGACGUGCACGUCAUUGCAGGGCGUGUUCUUCGGGCGCUUGCAGCGCUCCAUGAUAUUGGAUACAUGCACUGCGACGUUAAGCCGGAAAAUGUCAUGCUUCGUCCUCCCACUGUGCACCACGACACAGAACAAGAUUUCAAAGGAACCUGUCUUAUUGAUUUUGGAGCGGUGCGUCAGUUUCGUGAUAACAGAUACUACGACAUCCAGUCACUUUGGUAUCGUGCGCCCGAGGUUAUGCUAUGUGUUCCCUACACACAUCGUAUUGACUCAUGGAGUGUAGGGUGUCUACUGUAUGAGCUUUACACGGGAGAGCCGCUCUUUUAUGGGGCGAACCCACAAGAUUUACUGAGCCUGAUAUCCCACACUGUUGGAUUGCCGCGGCAAGAGAGGUCGAUGUGCGGUGCGGAUUAUCCUGCUCAGAGUGUUGUGUGGAGGGGAAAUGCGGUGGAUGCGGAAACAAAUAUACGCCACCUCGUUCUCAAGCUACGUAGCAAAACUGCGGAAAACUGUAAGUCAGGUCAGCUACUAGCGGAGGAGGAAGCUUUUGUGAACUUGAUUUCGAGGCUCCUUGAACCAGAUGAGAGAAGAAGGUUAUCUUGUUCUGACGCCCUAAGUCAUCCCUUUUUUACGCAGCAUUGUGUACAUGGGGGUCACAUCGAGCCUACCGUAUUUCGGGCGGGUAGCGAUGAAGAAAGCAGCGUAUGUGGAUCGUCUCCCUCCGCUGACUUCGUUUCAUCAUCAUGCAACGCAGCGUCUUCCGGUGUCAGUGUUGCUCGAUGGGAGAAGCGACCUGGAUUUGCCGCUCAGUCGCAGCGCCGACAGCAGCUUUCCUUUCCUCCAAGCGACUGUACUAGAAUACCUCUUGUUGGGGUUGUUGGCCAUCCUACUGGGGUCGUGAUAACUUCUUCGCAACCGUCACUGGCCUCCAGCAUACCCGGUUCGCCUUUACACCUGCUUCUUCCACCUGUUGCGUACCCCAACACGGUAACCGCCCUCCAUUCGGCACCUGCUCAAGUUCAUCAACAGGUUCAUGUACCACCGCUAUUUGUAGGGGCGAGGACAUGCACGGGGGCUCCCGCACCCCCGAACUACCCCAACAAUGCAGCGGCUAGCGCUGGACGGAGUGGCAUUGGCGCGCGCUUUGGAAAUGAUAGCCGCAACCGUGACAACAGAAUGAUGGCGGCUGACCCACCUGGACCUGCUUCAUUACAAAUGGUACGUGUCGCGCCGUGUGCUGCAGUUUCGUCAAUGUACAAGGUUCUUGUGGGAAACCCCAUGGGACCGGUGCUUUACGCCUCCUCAAAAGCCUGA